GUGCUUGUGUGUGUGCGUAUAUUAUUUUGUCUUGUUUUAAUAUUGUUUUGCAUCUAAAAGAUAAUAAGUUACAGUAAAAACAAUCGAGCUAACACUGAAAAUGUAUUAUCCGUACCAUGGAAAUGAAAAUACAAAAGCAGAUAAUUGACUUCUUUUCGUUCUUUGAGGAAUUCCAUAACGUUUCUAAAACGUGUUUGAAAGAUUGCCAAAAGUGCGCAGUUACUAUAAAUAAGCUGAUUUAUCGGUGUAAAAACAUUAGAGAUGCCGAGGUGACCCAGACGCCAUUGGAUGAAUUCGAUGGUCUGCAGGGCAAAUUGUGCGCGGCUUUACAUAACCUUAUAUCUGAGGAAAUACAUGAACUUAAAUGCAAUUUGUGCACCAUAGAAGAUUUAUUUGAUAGACUGUGCAGCAAACACAAAGUCUUCCGUCAGAGUUGUGAAGAAUUAGAUUAUACAGAACAGAGUAAACUUAUCAAAGGAUCCCCCCUUCAACCUCCGUUGCAGCAACUUCUUGAGUUUGCAGAUGACGCACUGACCUUCGGAGGUCAAGUUUGCGCUCAGAUAGAAACUUCUAUAAAUGUUCUCACAUUUAAAGGCUUGAAAUCAGAUUCUUUAGUUGAAAAUUUUAAAGUUUCUAGUGAGUGGAGCAGACGCAUACCAGAAAUCAUAGCUUAUACCUCAUUCUGCGCUGAAAAUCAAAUUUAAACAUGGAUUUACUAGGUUCAAUCUUAAACUCUAUGCAAAAGCCACCUUCAGCGAGUGAAGCACAGAAAAAUGCUGCCAAAAAGCAGAAAGAGGCACUUGAGCGCAAGCAGAAAGAGGAAAAAAACAUGUUGAAUAGAUUUAGAAAGAGAGUUGAAGAUAAAAUAAGUGAUUUUGUUAAAGACGGGUCCAAACCACACUUAGCAUUUGAACCGAUGGAUCAAACGUACCGAGCAAUAAUUAGAGAUGUCGCUGAAAUUGCCGGCCUUCAAGUAUUUUCAUUUGGGCAAGAUGGAAUUGAUAGAUAUUCAGUAGUUUAUACCAAAGAACGCCCACCAUCGGAAGAUGAGUUGACGGUACGGAGAGCGGGUGGCAUUUGGGACGAAGAUAAAGCAGCUGAAAUGGCUAAAGAACGUAUUAAUAGACAAAAACUGGCAGCUUUAGAGUCAGAGGAAGAAAAAAAUAGAAAGCGCAAGCGUGGCACAGAAGAACUUAGCGGUACAUUUUAUAAACAAAAGUAUGCUCAUUUAAUCGGUGAAAAUGCAGCUUUAGGAGCCGCACAAAAGACAAAUAUGAAUAAAAGUUACGGAGAAGUUCCGAGUGAGAAUAAAAAGGAUCAGCGCUCUAUAGAACAGACCAUGGCAGAUAUUAAGGCUAAGAAAAUGAGAAAGGCAGAGGCCGAGGCAAAUGAAAAUCAAACUUGAGUCUGAUUUUACAAAUUAAACGAAAUCCAAAAUAUGCAAUAUAUAAGCAACUUUUGGACCAUGCCUCUUAGAAUAGUUGUGUGCAUUGUUUUUUCUCUUUCUAUCUCACUGUACUAUCUCCAAGAUAACUAUGCAUCAUAACAUCUUU